CCCUGCCUUCCCAGCACCCAUCUCCUCUCCUCCUCCUUUCCUCUCCGUCUCCGUCUCCGUCUCCGUCUCCAUCUCCAUCUCCUCCUCCGCCUUCCCUCCCCACGCCGCAUUCGCAUCUCCGGAUCCCCGCCGCCGCCCUCCCCCUCUCUGCGUCCCUCGCCAUUCCCGCCACCCGCCUCGAUCUCGCCUCGAUUCCCCGCGCCCCGAUUCGUCUCACCCCGUCUCAGUCUCGCGUGGGUCGGAUAUGGCUUGGAGCGGGGGCUGCUCGUCCCGGCGCGGGUGAUCUCUCCUCGCGCGGGGAGCCCUCUCGCGCACCACGCGGAGGAUCCCGUCGCGGCUGGUGCGCCCUUCUCCCUCCUCCUCCCCCUCCACCUCUGCGCGCGUGCGCGGCUCUAGGGUUUGCUCUCCUUCCUCGCGAGCGGAUUCGAUCUCCUCCCCUCCCCUCCCGCUGCUCUGCCCGCCCGCCCGCCAUCAUGUUCUCGCACGGCGCUGAUUCCGCCCACGACGCCGGGGGCGUCGGCGUCAGCAGCGCCGGAGCCACCGUCCCGGCCCGCUUUGUUUGGCCCUACGGUGGCAAGAGGGUCUUCGUAUCAGGCUCCUUUACCAGGUGGUCAGAGCAUUUGCAAAUGUCUCCUGUUGAAGGCUGCCCGACCGUAUUUCAGGCUAUUUGCAGCCUGUCUCCAGGAAUGCACCAGUACAAGUUCUUUGUGGAUGGGGAGUGGCGGCACGAUGAGCGCCAACCUACUAUAUCAGGAGAGUAUGGCAUAGUUAACACUGUAUACUUGACAAGGGAAAUAAACUCAGUAUUGAGUCCAAGCACACCCGGAACCAGGAUGGAUGUGGAUAAUGAAAAUUUUCAACGUACGGUUACGUUGUCAGAUGGUAAUAUUCAGGACGGUACUCCUAGAGUUUCAGAGGCUGCUAUACAAAUCUCUAGGUGCCGUGUUUCUGAGUAUCUGAGUUUGCAUACUGGCUAUGAUUUGCUUCCAGAUUCGGGCAAGGUUAUUGCUUUAGACAUUAAUUUACCUGUGAAGCAAUCUUUCCAUAUCCUGCAUGAACAGGGAAUUCCUGUAGCUCCUCUGUGGGACUCGUUCAGAGGUCAGUUUGUUGGCCUUCUGAGCCCAUUGGAUUUCAUACUCAUAUUGAAAGAGCUAGAAACUCAUGGCUCGAACUUGACAGAGGAGCAGCUUGAAACACACACCAUAUCUGCAUGGAAAGAGGCUAAGCGGCAAACUUAUGGAAGACAUGAUGGUCAGUGGCGACCACAUCAGCCUCUAGUGCAUGCCACCCCUUACGAGUCCUUGAGGGACAUUGCUCUAAAGAUAUUGCAAAAUGGCAUUUCUACAGUGCCAGUUAUUUAUUCAUCAUCAUCAGAUGGAUCAUUCCCGCAGCUGUUGCAUCUCGCAUCCCUUUCAGGAAUUUUGAAAUGUAUUUGUAGAUAUUUCAAGAACUCAACUGGUAAUUUGCCUAUUCUAAACCAACCAGUAUGCACAAUUCCGCUGGGUUCCUGGGUUCCAAAAAUUGGUGAUCCAAACAGUCGUCCAUUGGCUAUGUUGCGGCCUCAUGCAUCACUUAGCUCUGCCCUUAACAUGCUGGUUCAAGCUGGAGUCAGCUCAAUACCAAUUGUGGAUGAAAAUGAUUCGCUGCUUGACACUUAUUCCAGAAGUGACAUCACAGCUCUAGCAAAAGACAAGGUCUACACACAUGUUCGCUUGGAGGAGAUGACCAUUCAUCAGGCUUUGCAACUUGGACAAGAUGCCAAUACACCUUUUGGUUUUUUCAACGGGCAGAGGUGCCAGAUGUGCCUCCGGUCUGAUCCUUUGCUGAAAGUGAUGGAGCGACUGUCUAAUCCUGGGGUGCGGCGAGUGUUCAUUGUGGAAGCUGGCAGCAAACGUGUGGAAGGCAUAAUAUCACUGAGUGAUAUUUUCAAGUUCUUGCUGAGCUUGUGAGGACUGAGGAGCAUGGAUGGAUGUUUUGUUGUGACAAGUGCUGGAGUUUUAACUGUAGCAAACAGCAGGUGCGAAGCAAGCCGCCAUGCCAAUGCCAUGGACGAAUGGAUCUCUCUCUAUCUCUGGCUGCCUCUAGCCUUUGGAUAAUUAAGGUGGGAUUAAAGGUGGCGGCUUGUCUUUGCUGAUAAUGGCCAUUCAGUUCAGUUCAGUUGAGGGUCUGUAAAGUUCCUUUGUUUCUCUUUUUUAUUUUUGUGCCCCUUGUUACACAAAAUAUCUGGUGAUUUUUAUUUAUUGGAUUGUUUUCUGUCUGGCUCGGUUGCUCCGAGACCGUGGCGCCCCCAGCCAGCCAGCCAGCCCCGCC